AUGUCGGUGGCUUUCACGAAUCUCUCGUGGUGGUUAUGGAGUGGAAAGCAUCAAGAAUCAAGAGUUCCGAAGGGGGGUUCGAAAAAUUCUUCAACGGAUUUGAACAUGUUGGAAUCUGAGGUAAUGAGAUUUCCUUUGGUUCAGGCCAACAUUGGUUCGUCGUCGAGAAAGGUGAAGAGAAAAUGGAAUAGUAGGGAGGAGAGAAAAGUAGAUAGGGAAUAUGAUGUUGUUCUUGUUCCAUCUGAUGGGGGGUGUGUUUCGGGUUCUGAAUCAGAUGAUUCGGAUUGGUCAAUUGGAUGGUUGGAACCUCAUGGACCUGGUUUUCCAAGUGAUGAUGAAACUGAUAAUAGUUUUGCAGUGUUGGUUCCUUGUUAUGGAAGGGAUAAUGGUAGGAUUCAAGAGGAUACUAAAACCAACUUGCUCAAUGGUGUUGGAAUUUUUUUGGAUAGUUAUUCCGAUGAAAGCAAGAAAUAUGUGGAAAACUGGCUAUCUUCUCUUCGAAACACUUGA